AUGGCGCAGAGAACAGAGACAGAGAAAAAAGAAGAAAUAGCGCACAGUGGAAAAGCUGCCCAGACAUGCAGCUCAAACGAAGAGUGCAGGCUAUUUUCCUCUGAGAAUGGCUCGAUCAACAGGACACAUGCGGAUGAUGAGAACAAAGAGCGCAAAAGCAAUUUAAUAACGGAAAAUAUUUUACAUACGAAACAGGAUAGGCCAAUUAGCAACGAAGAAACAGAUGAAGAGCCUACAAAUGCAUCUAUAGAUGAGAAGAAUAAAAAUGGUAGAAACUUACUCCCUCUCUCCUAUAUAGACAGGUACUCCAGACAAAUGAUAAUUAAGGAAAUAGGGCUGGAGGGACAGCACAAGCUAAAAGAAGCAAGGAUUCUGGUUGUGGGCGCAGGAGGGCUAGGUUCCCCUGUGCUGAUGUACCUGGCUGCAAUGGGCGUAGGACACCUGGGCGUCUGUGACUCAGAUACAGUUGAAGACUCAAACCUAAAUAGGCAGGUGCUGUAUAAGGAAAUGUCCGUUGGACAAUCAAAAACAGAAGAAGCAGUCAAGUAUCUAUCCAGUCUCUCGUCCUCCACUGUGUACAAAACAUACCCAAAGAUAACCCCGCAUAACAUCUGGGAAAUUGGCGCAAAGUAUGACUUAGUGAUGGACUGUGGUGACAACAGAUCUCUUCGAUACUUGCUAAGUGACUACUGCAGAGCAAGAUCUCUUCCGUACAUAGGCGGAUCGUCUUUAAGGUGGGAAGGACACAUCUACACUCUCAACAAAAUAUGCUACCGAUGUGUCCAUCCUUCUAUUUCCAAAUAUUCAAGUGGAAGCUGUGCUAGUGCUGGAAUAAUAGGAAGUAUGUGCGGGGUGGUUGGGUCAGUGAUGGCCACUGAGGCAAUGAAAGUGACUCUUGGUGUGUCUCUGGGCGACAGCUUCGUGUACACCAAUGGAUUAAAAGGAGAAUACAUGAAUAUCAAUCUGAUAAAGAAAGAGUGCGCGGUGUGCAAAGCACUGUCCAGGAUGACGCUCUCCGAGAAAAAGAAAAUGAUACUAGAAGAGAACAGAAAGAUAGAAGAAAUAGAUGCAGAGGCAGGGUCGUGUCUGAUCAGUGAAAUAGCAGAUAAAAUAUCUGAUAUAAAGAUGAGUGAUAAAGUAGACAGUAGAGCACACGAAAAGAUGGAAACAAAAGAGAAAGAAUCAGAUGGAGCAGGAAAUAAGAGUAUAGAAGGAGAAAGCAAUGAGACCGUAGAUUCUUCAUCCAAUAGUAUUGAUACAUCAAAAAGUAACGAAAAAAUGAAUGCUAAACACUCGCCAUCCGAGAUAGAGUGGGAGGCUGUGCUAUCAUAUAGCACCCUGUACUUUGUUGUAGACAUACGGCCAGAGGCAGAGCAGAGAAUACUCCCCAUUCCUAGUACGUAUCUCUACACUCUUAGCGACAUAAUCGAUAACCCAAAGAAGGCGCACGAGAUGAUAAACAGAAAAGCAAGAAAUAGACAGAUUGUCCUGUGCUGUAGGAAUGGAACUACAUCUAAGAAGUUUCUGGGUAUCUUCAAUGCGAUGAAUGUUUCAGGAGGAGCUCAGUCUUAUGUUAAGCACAGUAAAAGAAAAGUUGAAAAUAAAUAA